UUGACUGGUAGUUUGCUCAUUUAUAAACAUUUCUUAAUAUCUUAAAACAAGUUGUGCACUGUUCACUACAGUUUAUUAAUACUUCCAAUUAACACGUCCUUCCAAACGAUCUGUAAUACUUACGGAGAAGAUUCCUUAACAAGUUUAAAUCAUAUUUGAGUUUUUAUGUUGAUAUUUGAACGUCAUAGAAAAUCACUAAACCCCUGCAUGAAUAAACACUUCCUAUAUCUCUUGAUAUUACAAUAUGUAUAUAUAAAAUUACAAAAUACAAAACAGCAUGAUCGCUUAUCAUUGUCACCUACAGUUACUAGAAAAUUUUCUAUAAAUUUUCUCUUUGGUUCCAGUGUGUCAUAAUCUUUGUACCAUACUGAUUUGGGCCUGCACACAAGUCAUUUGUCUUGGAUUAAGGAAUAUAUGCUCUAUGUGGUGUAUGGAUCAGAUUCUCCAUGGUAUUUUACUAGCCACAUCGUUACUUGUUUUUGAUUUCUCUGGCUGCUGUAAUUUGGGAUUCCCUAAAGUGUAUAACUGGACAACAGAACGUUACACCAAGUAGGUUUAUUAAGAGUCAGCUAAAAACUGACGUUUCGGUUGGUUUUUCAAAUUCAAACCUAACCGAUGAAAAAAAAUUGAAAGGAUCCAGUAAUACUCCACAAAUAUUUCUGAGUACUUCACUUCCAUGUCUUUUUGAAAAUCCUUUGAGCUUGAACUCGAUUUCUAAAUCUCUUCCUGUUUUAUAUCAAAUCAAUAAUCAUACUGUACAUUCAGAGAAUGAAUUGUCGGUACAUAUUAAGGACAAAAAUGAGAGUAUAUUUAUUCAACCUGACAACUCGCCAAAAAAUAUUCAUUUAACUAAAUCUGAUUCAAAUGAAUCGUUGAACCAUUUAAAUACAAUGGAAUUAAUAAGUAAUUUAAACACUUCUAUAAAUAAUAAUAAAUCUAAUUGUCUACCUAUAAUUGAACCGAAUAAAUUACUUAAUAACAUACCAAACACAUCAAAUGUUGAUUCAUUAUUAAUUAAAGAAUUAGAAAAUUCUAUAUAUCAUAUUAAAUGGAUUAAAUUUAAUAAUCAAACACGUCCAAUUAUAACACAAAAUAACAAUGGUCCAUGCCCAAUGAUUGCCAUAGCAAAUGUACUUUUAUUACGUGGAACAAUUAAUUUAUCAAAUGAUAGUGAAUUAAUCAGUGGUAAUCGUUUAUUGGCUAUCCUUAGUGAACUACUUUUAUCGAAAGCUCCUAAUGAUCUUGAUUACGACCAACAAAUUAAUUAUGAGUCGAAUUUCCGUGAUGUACUUUGCUUAUUUCCCAGUUUACAAACUGGACUUGAUAUAAAUAUCAGGUUUACUGGUGUUGCAGAUUUUGAGUACACUCCAACAUUAAGCUUAUUUGAUUUGUUCAACAUACACAUUUAUCAUGGUUGGCUUGUGGAUCCUGAUGAACAUGAUUUAGCUGCAACUGUUGGUAAUCGAACUUAUAAUCAAUUAACUGAAGAGUUACUCCGAUUAGAAUCAUCUGAUAAUUAUGAGGAUUUAAAAAGAAGUAUACUUGUUGAAUGGUUUCUAAAUGAAAGCGGUUCACAGUUAACUUUUCAUGGUCUAAGCCAGCUAGUUACAACUUUACACGAUGAAGAAUUGGCUGUGUUUUUUCGAAAUAAUCACUUUAACACCAUAUUAAAGCAUAAGGAUUCAAUAUUCGUAUUAGUCACAGAUAUGGGUCUUCUCAACGAACCAAAUAUUGUUUGGGAGUUAUUAAAUGAUUUAGAUGGUGAUACACAAUUUGUUGAUUGUUCAUUUCAAUUAUUUUGUCCAACAACAUCUGAUUCAUCGAUUCGAAAGACAUCUGAUGCUGUUCGUGUUAUUACAAUUAAAUCGGAUAAAUUGGAUUCGAAAUCUAGAACCGAUUGUAAAAGUACUACUAAUAGUAAUAACAGUAAAGAUAAUUUUGUCGAAAAACAAUACUAUCCUGAUUCCAUACCUGUGUAUAAUCUCAGUGAGAGUAAUUCGACUUCAUUAGAUUAUGAUUUAUGCAAAAUGCUUCAAGAAGAAGAAAUCAGAGCUUCGAAUCAAGAUCCAGAAACAUUUUGGAAAUUAUACAAAUGAAAUAUUUACCUCAGCUUGUAUUUGUUCUUCCUCUAUACUUGACAUUUUUUUUACGUGAAUAUCGUCAUAGUGGUUAGUAGCCGUUCAAUAUGAAUAAUUAGUUGCUAACCAAUAACAUUCUCCUGAGAAUUAUCGAUAUAUAUAUAUAUAUAUAUAUAUAUAUAUAUAUAUAUAUAUAUAUAUAUAUAUAUAUAUGGAUAAAACCUCAAAUUGUAGAAUACAUCACAAAGACAUUCGAAAUCAGAUUCAUUUCGUAUUGUUUUUUUUCAUGACUGAUUUAUGUUGCUAUUAUUAUUAUUUUUAUUAUUAUUUUUUGUUAUAAAUCUUCUUAUACUUUAUAUAUACGUAAAUAUUUCUCACUAGUUUAAUCACCUACUAGUAUUCAUUAUUAGUGCCAAUUGCACAAUAGUAACAAUAUGAUGUGAAUUUUGACGGUAAUGAUUAUAAAAAUAAUUCUUGUUAAAAAACAAUACCUCUUUCAUUUAUUAUACUUAUUACUCUCUGUUAAAGAACACUUAUUUUCUUUUAUAUAUUUGUUUCAUUGAUAUCACUCUGAACAUUUGGUUUUUUAGUUUUUAUUUCAAGAGUCCAUUUCUGUUUUGUGAUAGUUGUUUACUCAUAGAUUUUUAUUUUCUUUGUAUCUUGUCGUUUUUCUCCCAUCUCUUGCCUCUGCACAUUUCUAGAAAAAAAAAGUGAAAAGACAUGAACAUUGCACAGAGUUAUUGUGAUGAUUAUUUUUAUAAAACCUAAAAAAAAUAAAUUAAACAUUCACUCUUUUCGUCUUUUCUAAACUUUCACUGCUGCUCAUCUCUAUUAAAUGAAGGGGAAAUUACAAAAUAUCAAUUAGUGUAUUGUUUUUUUUUUUAAAAAUUCAAUGUAGAUCUUCCUAUUUACUAUCAUUGUGUUGUGUUUUGUUUGAUUUUUUUUUUCUAAAUAUUUAUUAAACAAUUUAUAAUUUGUUUAUUUUCAACUAUAUAUUCAACCACUUUUCUCUAUCAUCAUGAUAAUAAUGAUGAAGAUGAUUAGUUUGUAAACUGAUUUUGUUAACAAUAAAAUCAGUAUGCAUAUAUUCAUCAGUAUUAUCUGGUUAUGUGAUUUGUUUUUUCUUCAUUUGUUUCUCUUCUUUCCACAUAUUUACUCACAUUACCCGUAAAUGUAGAUUUUUUACGAAAAAAUCGUAUCAUUUUGUUUUCCCACUUUUUUUCUGUGUAUAUACACAAUCAUUACCAUUAUUGUGUGAAGUACAUUACGUAUAUAUAGACUACUUAGAUAUAUGAAUAUAUUGAUAAUGAUAGUAUCUACGUUAUUUUUUUCUUUGUUUCCUUGUUGUUGGUUAUUUGCAUGGUUACUUAUGUAUUUUUUUCUUUUCAGAAUAAACAGCAUACUAAAGUAUUGUUUUAUUUCUCAAUAUGAAUGAAUUUUAGUACAUUAAAUAAUGUUGUUUGUUGUAUAGUUCAUAUUUUAAUUUAUUUGACCUAUUAAGGUUUGUUAUUGAUUGUUGCCUUAUGACUACUAUUAGUACUAUUCAGUGUUCAAAAGAUGAUCGAUGGAAUUAUAUUUGAUGAUCUUCAAUAUUAUAUAGUUAAAAAUAAAAUUGUUUAGUUAGGUAAGUGUACAUGACAUUAAACAACACUGCUCACGUACAUCAAUUUGGGCUCAGUAUGAACACACAUAUACACGUAAAUGUCUUCCGAAAGGUGUUCUAUGUAUUUAUGUAAUUAAGUGAGCUCGUGAAACAGAACGACCAAUAAAUUCGAUGUUAUAUAUAUAAAAUUAUUUUCGUAAACAGAUUAGGAAAUAACAUUUGUUUACUUGAACAACUUGUUAUUAUUUAACUUUUUAAAAAGUUUUCAUCAUGGAAUGACAUUAACUUUGUCCUUGUUAGAAGUUAAACUACAUCUCCAGAAUUAAAACAAGGAUUUUUAGGUUUUGCAUCCAGUAAAAUACUUGUAAAUCACUGAAUCGGAAUCCAGUCUUUUGUAUUUUCAUAGCUACAAAAGUAUCAUGUUCAUCAUAUGACGCGACUGUAUUACAGUCCGUGAAUUAACACAAUUGAGAAGUCCAAAAUUGAAUUGAAAUAGUUGUUCAGCACACACUCUCCUAUAUACAGUCAUUUUGAAGCUGAUUUCAUCAGUGAUGAAAGGUAAUUUUAAAAAAAAUUAAGUUAAGUGCAUUGCUACACUUUUAUUGAAAUGUAUAAUUUAAGGUAAUUAUUGGUAGAUACCGAAACUAUCUGAAAUUAUCCAUAUAAAUCUUAGGAUAAACUGUUUAUUAUUAUCAUAUUGGUUGGAUGCUUGUUUCAUAUCUUGCUCUUCAUGUUACUGUAGCUUUAUUAAUCUUAACCUGUUAUUGUCAAUAUCGUAAUCAUUCUGAAACUUUUUGGCUGGUUCUAUUUAGAAAGCUUUAUUGCACGCCAGUUUGUUUUUUCAACAGACUAGUCACAUUUUUGUGAAAUUAUUUUUAAGUUAAGCACUUCUUUGUCCUAAUUUUUAAAAGCAUUUGAAAUGAUUGUAGUACUGGAUUUUUAAAACUGUAACAUUGAUUGAACUUACUACUCAGUGUUCAACACGAUAACUACUACUUUGUGUAUAUUACUUUUAAGCAGACUUCCAAUGACCUGUUGUUUGUUUACAUCUCCACUUUCUAGCCAUAGAGAGUAACUUAGUUCUAGCAUCCAGAAAUUAUAAUAUACACAUGUCAUUAUCACUUAAAAAGCUUUUUUAGUCAUUUUUUUCGAUUUAAACGCAUUUGUAUGUAUUUUACUAGAUGUAGGGAAGUCACAUCAGGAGGCCCACUUAGAUAUCAGUUUGGGGAUGAAAAUGUGAAAGAUAUAUAAAUAUCUAAUCGAUCGUAAAGAAACAAUUCAUUCUGAAAAAGCCUGAAAAGAUAUCCAAACAACUUUAAAUAUAGUAAUUAUAUCUAUCGAUAAAUUAGUUCAAAAAGUUAUGAAAGUCCAAUAAGCAUCUAUUGAAUUAAUAAAUUCUCAAAAAUUAUCCUGACAGGCUUGGGGGACGGUGAAGAGUGACAACUCAAAAUCAAACUAACCAAGGGUUCAUAUAAUAAUUACGAGCAUUGGUUGGGUAACGAAAGCAAAAUAGAUGGAACAAGUAGUGCAAAAGGUAACACUAAACAACUCUACUGACUGAACAAGCAAACAGGUAUUAAAAAAACAGGUGUUAGUAAGGCUCUUUUAGAAAAGGACGGAUCUACCAUUCACUUUCAAUCUAUGAGAUUAGAUAUAUGGAUGGAACACUUUAGGUAGCAGUUCGGCUGGUCUUAAGCUACCCUUCAGUUACCCCCAAAUGCCCUGGUAUGGCCAAGGUUGCGGAGGUUAGCUCUCCAUCUCGCAAUGCUCUCACAUAGCCAUGCAUAUACAGCCACUGCCAGGGAAUUCCUACUCACUGCCUUCUCGUAGCGGGGGUGUUGUUUACGAAGUUGAAAGAACAAAAAGUGAGUGUUCGGCGCUUUAACCGGGUUUGUGGACUCAGAGGGUCCACCUAGGGUAGUUGGAAAACCCUGAUUCCAAACUGACGGUGAACAUAGGCUCCAGUAUCGUGAGGGAACGAAUGGCGUGUAAACCAAUCGUUGGUCAGCGGCUACCAUGGGACUGCAUCUCC